ACACGUGACCAGGGCUCAGGUGAACCUGGGACCGCCGUGUUGCUUUCUGGGGGAAGGAGGAGAGGCGCUGGGUAGCGCCCACGGGUACGAAUUAGACGUGGUACUACUGGGUAGCACAGCCUGUGUCAACAAAUGAGUAAUUAGUUAAAAAGCAAAAGGACAAAGUUAACGAAAGAGAAGUUGCUACUGUGUGGCACUGCCAUGGCGUCUGCCAGUAACGCCGCCUCGCCGAUUCUCAGCUCCAGGCACAUCGCCUCCAAAAGCAAAACCAAGACGAAGAAGAAGCAUUUCGUGCAGCAGAAAGUGGAGGUUUUCCGGGCAAGCGACCCCGUACUCAGCGUCUUCAUGUGGGGAGUGAAUCACUCGAUCAAUGAUCUGAACCAGGUUCCCAUUCCUGUGAUGUUGCUGCCUGAUGACUUCAAAGCCAACACCAAGAUCAAAGUCAACAACCAUCUCUUUAAUAAGGAAAACCUUCCUGGGCACUUCAAGUUUAAGGAAUACUGUCCGCAGGUCUUUCGAAACCUUCGAGAGCGCUUUGGAAUAGAUGACCUAGAUUAUCAGGUCUCUCUGGCUCGCAGCCCACCUUUCACUGGAGAAUUCGCCCAUGGGGAUGGCUUGUUCCUCACCUCGUAUGACAAGACGCUGGUCAUCAAGCAGAUCUCCAGCGAAGACGUAGCCGACAUGCAUAGCAUCCUGUCGGACUAUCACCAGUACAUCGUGAAGUGCCACGGCAGCACCCUGCUCCCCCAGUUCCUGGGAAUGUACCGUCUGAGUGUGGACAGCGAGGACACAUACAUGCUCAUCAUGAGAAACAUGUUCAGCCACCGGCUGGUAGUGCACAGAAAGUACGACCUGAAGGGAUCCUUGGUGUCUCGUGAAGCCAGCGACAAGGAAAAGGUUAAGGAAUUACCGACAUUUAAAGACAUGGAUUUCCUAAACAAAUGCCAGAAAGUGUACGUAGACGAGGAGCAGAAGGAACGGUUCAUGGAGAAGCUUAAUAGAGAUGUGGAUUUCCUGGUUCAUCUGAAGAUCAUGGACUAUAGUCUUCUUGUGGGGAUCCAUGAUGUGCAGAGGGUGGAGGUAGAAGAGGAAGAGGAGGUGGCCAACAAGGAGGAGGAGGAGUUAGAGAAUGGGCUGGGCAUGGUGCCCACAGUGGGGUCCUACGGGAACUCUCCAGAUGGCAUAGGCGGCUACCUCAGUGCCCAUAAACCCUUAGGACCGGGAGAGUUUGACCCCUACAUUGACGUCUACGCAAUCAAAAGCGGGCAAGUGGCUCCCCACAAAGAGGUGUACUUCAUGGGUCUGAUAGACAUCCUGACGCAGUACGACACAAAGAAGAAAGCGGCUCACGCUGCCAAAACCGUCAAGCACGGGGCUGGCGCUGAAAUCUCCACGGUAAACCCUGAACAGUACGCCAGACGCUUUCGUGAUUUCAUCACUAAUAUUUUUGCCUAGCCUGUGCCUGCCUCCUGCCUCCUCGCUCCAGACGUUUCUGUGCUCCUUGAAGGCAAAGUCGCAGUGUUUUUUUUUUUUUUUUUUUUUUUUUCUCCUGUUCUUCAUUCCUACCUCUUCUUCCUAUUCCGAUUCUGAGGAUGUAAAUUUAAACUUUUAUUUAAGAAAGUAAAAAUCCUGUUUUAUUAUACUAAUACAGGAAUAAAUUGGUGGUACAGUAUUUAUAUAAACGUGUGGUGGGUUUGUUUGUUUUCGAUCAUAUGUUUGUCCAUUUCUUAAAAAAAAAAAAAUGUAUUUACCUGUUCGUACUGUACUUAAUGGUUCUGUUAUAUUGUCCUAAAAAGUGUGUGUUUGUCUUUUAUAUUAUUUUUUUACAUGCCUGCUGACGUUUAAACCAAACAUUGUGUGUUUGCUACUUUCCCUUAUCCUAAGUUAUUAGCUGUUUGUUUGUCUUCCAAAAUCUGUUGUUAUUUACAUGCAAAUCAAUGGCACACCCAAACAUUUUUGAUGCUUUUAUAUCUCAGAAACGUGACCAUCUAACUGGGGUAGAAUUUGCUUUAGAUUGUCAGUACGACUUUGGAAUAGAGCGCAGAACCUCUCUUUUUUUCAAUUGCAUUCAAGCUACAAAUUAAUUUUUUUAUUUUUUUGGAAAGCACCAAUUCUAUAUUAAUCUUGAAAAUGUAGUUCUUUACACUGUGUGAAGAUGUCUAUGCAGAAUCGGUGCAGUGAGUUUAUAAUGCGAAGUCUCCUUCGUUUUAAACCCCAACAUUUGUCAUUCAGCCAGCUAAGGACUAAAGAACCUGUUCAAGUGACUGGUUAUUUAAAAGAUAUCUGUUUUGGAGGGUUUCAUAUUGUUCAAACGCCUUGUUAGUUAGUUAGUCAGUCCUGGUUGGAUUGUACUGCUGUGCAAUUUGUUUUUUACAUGCCUGCACAGUAAAAUCUUUAUUAUCCAGUCCUGUGAACACCUCUGUUAUCCAAACUGCCCUUCGUUAACCUCUAUUCCGCCCUCAGUCUCUCGUAUUUACAAAAACAAUUCAGUGCUGUACAGCAUGUUAUGUGUUAAUAGGUAAAGGGACUAAAUUUAUUCUUUCUUGGGAGGUUUCUUGAUUUGGGAGUUUUCCCAGGAGCAUUCCCUGGUCAAGACAAGAGAUCUCACUGUCUGGUUACAUGCAGUGGCGCCCGUAUUUAUUUAUGCUGUUUUAUUAAUGUCGAUAUUAUUACCCAGAUUAGCAAGCAGUAAAUGUUGAUUUUUGAGUUAUUGUUUUAGCCGGGGUGGAAACUUCCAAGAUCUGAGUCCAUAGCAGAGAUUAUCGAUCUCCUGUUCUGAAUCGCGUUUCGAUCUGUUGCAAAGAAUGGCAAAAGACAUACCCAGGACUUUAAUAUGCCAAAGUGCGUUGAGACUGAAUUGUGAUAAAGAUAAACUGGAUGGGUGUCGAUACAGAUCUGUCUAAUAAACAAACUAUUGUUCGUUUUUGUUUUUGGUCUAAUGUAUUAAAAAGAAAUUAAGAGUGUACAGAAGAAAAGGAGAAUCAGAUAUUAGUAAAUGUGAAGUUUCAUUUUUUAGUUUGCAUUUUCUUUUUCAAACCAGAAUGUUUAAAUGCUUUUUCCAAACUGUUCCUGCUUCUAAGUUUUAUGAUGUCGAAUAAUCCAUUGUUUAUUCUUUACAUUUUUUGCUUGUGAUUCGUACGUUCUGUGAAAAACAGUUUUAAUGAGUUGGUUU